AAAUAAUUUUUUGAAUUUUUCUAAAGUAAUUCCGCACAUUAAGAAGCUCUUAUUCCAUGUUUUAGAAGGUAAGCGUUUAUUGGGCCGCAUCCUGCUUUGUACGCGGUGGUGCAUUGCGCAUCAGCGGAAGCGCGUUUUCCUUUUCUUAGUCCCGAUACAUCUUCGAGCAUGCCGAGCGGAAUGCACCGCGAGAACGCCGUUAAAGUUCUUUUCGACGACGGGAUGAUGCGGUACGCGCGUGUGGUGGACGCGGCUGAAGACGGACUCUUCGUGGAUCUGCUCUGCCCCGACCGACGCCGUGAAUUCGUCCCGUUCGACCGUCUGUUCGUGCUCAGCAAGACGAGCGAAGCGGACCUGGCUCGUAUUUGCUCGAAACAAUCCUCGAACAUUCCCGUGGAAGUGCUGGUGGAGGAGACAAAGCUGGGCCCGUGGAUUUGGAUUUCUGGUCAAGCAGUCCGUUUCGGACACGGGAUGGAACACGGGAUCGUGGUUAAAUGGCGGCGUCCGUGCAGCGGAGAAGAUUGCACGGAUUUCGUUCCCAGCGAACGGAUCCGCUGGACAGUGCAAACGGAGCUGAAUCUGCUGCGGCUGGCUCACCUUCAGCGUAAACGUACGACGGGAACCGAAGAUGCCUCGGAUUACCACACAGUGCUGGAUCAUGUUGGCCCAGGCACCUUCGUCAAGCAGACUCUGCAGCUGGACGACGUAUUUCGCUCCCUGUCUACGGAAGAAAUCGAGGCGCUCAUGAAGCGGUUGACCGGGUCUGAACUGGAUGCGCUGGACUGCACGGUUGCCGUCGUGGAUGUCGUCGACGGCCGAGUGGUGUACAUUUGUCGACCGAGUCACUCCCGACGAGACGAUUCCUGGACGCGGCGUGUUCUGGCGGCCGUCGCGAGUUUUGACGAGGAGAUGGUCAGCGUGUCAAAGCUAACGCACGAGGUCCCGACAGCACACGACCAGAUGGCGCUUCCGGGGGAAUUAUUCAUGGAAGUGUUCUCGCACCUAGUCACCGUGACGCAGAUGGGGCUGCGCGCGGUCUGCGCAGCAUGGAACACGAUGCUGUAUGAGCCAGUGCUGAGCGGGCGCAUCACCAUUUCCUUGGAGGAGUACACAGGCUCCCUGUGGCGAUUCCACCGCUUUCUGCCAAUGGCGACGGUUUAUAAGCGUUUGCAGCGGGGUACGCAGCACAUUGGGAUGACGCAUACCGGCGUAAGGAACAUGCCGACGAGGAGCGCCUCCAUCGAGGACUUGAUGCAGUUGUGCGUCAUGAUCAAUUACGUGGCGCAGCAGCGAACCGGCAUCCGCCUGCGCAGUCUGCAUCUGGACAACUUCAGUUUCGACGUGCUGAUCCAUUCCGCUCUCGACGGUGCUCGCGUAACUGAAUGUGUGCUGCACCAAGCGGAUGCCUCGUCGGUCAAGACGGACGUGAACUGGGAUUUGCCCCAGCUGUCGGAUUUGAUCGCCGUCUGCAGUCGUUUGCCGUGCAACACCCUUCUCCUGACCCGCUGCCGUGUGCACAUGGUCGGCGCGUACUACUUUCUCGAACAAGUGGAGGAAAUCAGUGUCUCGGUGAAGAUCCGUACAACGCGGCUGCCGAUUAAUGCGGAUUUCGGCUGCGCGUUGUGGGAGGCGCUGGACGCAUUCCUGCCGGUGGCCAAUGAACGAAAGCUGCAGGAGCUAAUGGAGCGGUUGAAGCACGAGCAAGAACUCGAGCAAGUCGUCUGCAAGAUGUUAUGCGCGCUGCAGUCGGCCGAUCCGCGUCCCUCGGAUUACCGCGGGAAGCAGUGGUGCGUGGACGGUCUUCGAGGUAUGCAGUUGGAGAAGCUGUCGCGCUUCACCCGGCUCCUGCUCGUCCGCCUGCAAACAAUGACGUCCACGCCGUCAGGCUUCGUAGGCGUGCAGUCGUGACCUUUUGGUUGGGGCGCGUGCUCGGUAUUCGGGACUGACACGUCAUUAUAAUAAUUAUCGUACAUAUUGCUGUCGCUUUCCACUAUCUUCGUCGCCACGUCUUUGAGUUGUU